UUGAAAACGUCAUCCAUUUCUCUAAACAGUUGGCAGAAUUUGUGUGUGCGGUGUGCGCGUAGAUGCCGACGCCGUCCGUUCCAUCGUUCUUAAGAAAGUGGGAAAGAGAGAAAUAGUACGGAGAGAAGUAGCCCUUUGUCAAAUUGAAGGAAAGCGAUCAGCGAUCGCGACACGUUCGGGAGCCGGAGUCAUCGAGACGUCAGCCAGACCUAAUCGUUCGUGAACGAGCCGACAAAAAAGCGUGAGGAACAAGCGACGAUCGACGAGACGGUGGUGAUAGUCGGGCCGUGUUUCGGGAUUCUCCGUGACCUCUUGAACUCGCCGCGGGUUUUUUCUUUCCCGCGAGGUGAACAACAGCGGGACACGGGACGUACCCCCCGACUCCGCUACCGGGAGCUUCGUGCCUCGGCGCCUGGGCCGUAUCCGUAUCCCUUGUAUAAAAAAAGAAGGAGAAAGAAAUUGCGGAAGCAGGCAGGUUAAGGGGACGGCACGAACGCGAUAACGCGCCGUCCAUCACCAUGAAGCUCGUUGACCACGUGGUGAGGAGCUUCAAGGUGGCCAAGGUGUUCCGCGAGAACUCCGAUCGCAUAAACAGCAUUGACUUCUCGCCGAACGGGGACACUUUGAUCUCCUGCUCGGAGGAUGACCAGAUCGUGAUUUACGACUGCGAGAAAGGCACCCAGGUCCGCACAGUGAACUCGAAGAAAUACGGCGUGGAUCUAAUACAAUUCACGCACGCGAAAAACACUGCGAUACACAGUAGCACCAAAAUAGACGACACGAUCCGUUAUCUGAGCCUACACGACAACAAGUACAUCAGAUAUUUCCCGGGUCACAGCAAGAAGGUCGUCUCGCUAUGUAUCAGUCCCAUAGAGGACACGUUCCUCUCCGGGUCUAUGGACAAAUCGUUGAGACUAUGGGAUUUACGUUCGCCAAAUUGUCACGGCGUUAUGAACGUCUCGGGUCGGCCGGUUGCCGCAUACGAUCCCGAAGGUCUCAUCUUUGCCGCUGGUGUCAAUUCAGAGUUCUUAAAAUUGUAUGAUUUGCGUAGUUUCGACAAGGGCCCGUUCGUCACGUUCAAGCUGUCUCAAGAGAAGGAAUGCGAUUGGACAGGAUUGAAGUUCAGCCGUGACGGAAAGACGAUUCUGAUCUCCACGAAUGGUAGCACGAUUCGUUUGAUCGACGCGUUUCACGGUACACCGUUACAAACGUUCGCCGGUUAUUUGAACAACAAAGGAAUCGCGAUCGAGGCCAGCUUCAGCCCUGACUCGCAAUUCGUGUUCAGCGGCUCUACGGACGGCAGAGUGCACGUAUGGAACGCCGAGACUGGAUACAAAGUUUGUGUGCUCAACGGGGACCAUCCUGCACCGGUUCAGUGUAUUCAAUUUAAUCCCAAGUACAUGAUGCUCGCAUCCGCCUGUACAAACAUGGCAUUUUGGUUACCCACCGUCGACGAGAGUGCAUAAAAUCAGUGCGCCGGACUCUGGGCAAUGCUUUUCGUAACGUUGUGUAAACGAGAACUGAGGGUAUCGGUUCGAGAAACAGGCUACAAGACGAUUCUUGGGUUUAGAAAUAUCAUAAAUAGAAAUUGCAUUUAAGUCAUCUAUUAUGUACGAACUGAAAUCGACCGACGUGGCACACGUCGGUGUUCGAACCCAAGGGAUAAUGAAAUUGUAAGAGUUGUUCGGCCCGCUUGGCUCAUUGACUAAUAGCUUCAAAUAUCUCGUGCACCGUUUAGAUAUGUACUUUCGUCAUUUGUCGUUAAGCUCUGUGGCGCGAUGAACGUGGCCAUCACGACGCUAAGAUACUUCCAUCGCGAUUUUUAAUAGUACCACCGCGCUUUUCUCGUUUCUCAAAGUAUACUGCUGUUAUCUAAAUCUAUAUAUAAUUCCUUCUCGCGUACCUGUGUCUAGUGUAACAAUACGGAAUUAUCUAAACAUUGUGCGCUUCUUGAGAAUUUUCACCCGAACUUUUUUCUACGCACACCUUAUUAUCAUUGUACUUUUAUAAAAUCGAGAAAGUUAACUGUUCAUUUGCUUUUGUAAAUCCAUACAUGCGUCGCAUUUAUCAAUCUGAAGAUACAAUAUCUUUCGCAAAAAACGAUUGUAAAAGACACGAUGAAGCAAGGAAUUUUUUAUAUGUACAAUAACUUGUAUCUCUCAUUUGGUUUUUCAUUUUAGUUAAAAGUAAUAUACGCGAAACGAGGCGAAGGAAGUAAAAUAUUUUAAUAUACACGUACAGUGGCCUUCAUUAAUAUUCCGAAUUACUGUUUUAAUAUUGGAUCAAUGAAUUUUAUAUUUGUUUUAAAUUUUAGAUGACUUAAUUUUCUGGCUAUUGUGCAUAAAAAGAUAAAAAAAAUCGCUGUUAGCUAAAAUAAUUAAGAGGAGAUCCAAAAGAUUCAUUUUAUGCGCCCCGAAUGUUAAUUAGGGCCACUGUAAAUAUGUCGGUGGACGAAACCAAGAAUUAUACGGAGUCGCAUGGAGACAUUUCUACGAUCGCAUUAUGUUCAGGCAAAUUGAUUGUCGCUUCUCUAGUGGCCGUCCGAAACUAAGGAUACCUUUUCUUUCUAUUAAUGACGAAGGUUCACUUGAAAUUCACGAUAGAAUAGGACGACGGACGUCGAGCUUAUUUAUUAACGCGACGUGCAUUAAAUGUACACCUUGUUGUCAAAAAUCUACGACUUCCAUGCGAUAUACCUAUAUUUAACAAAGUAUACUGCCAACGUUGGCACUUGCGUUAUCAUCGUCAUGUACGUAUUAUAUACUCUAGAAGAUACGGUAUCGUUCUUAAUGCGUGCAGAACCGAACCGGCGGGCCGGCUGAGAAAAACACUCGACGAUAGGAAGAGCUAAUCGUUUCUUACAGUAGUUCGCGUAAAGUUGAACGUGUCCGCGUCACCGCGAUAUGGUAUCUCGCCAUACGACGCCCAAUGAAACAGGUGCAUUCGAACCGACAGAAAGAAAAAACAUAUUUGACAAUCUUUUUUAUACGAUUCAACUGCAUUCGAUUACGGUCGUUUGGUUUUACAUUAUUGAGAUAUGCAAUGUGCAAUCUGCGGAGAGAUUUCGACACCGUGAGAACUGCGACAGAGCCGUGUUAGAGCGUUCACUCUACGGUUUCCGAAGUUUGAAUACUCCGUUACAGAAAAUUGUGUAAUCCGUAACGCGUUUACAUUCUGUCUGUUCGAUUGUGCAGCCGUGCACUCAUCGUACAUGUAUAUAUCAUUAUAUUUACAAUGUCCUCUAGAGUUUCUAGACGUUUUCCUUUAACAUUUACGCAAGAGUAACGGUUACAAUAGGAAUGAAGAAAACAAAACGCGUGUGCGGUGCACGCGUAAUGUCUGUACGACUGUGUUGUAUGUUUGUGCGUCGUCUAAGUCUAUUGAUUCUAGGAGAACGUGUGGAUCUGUGAGCGUUAAGCAAAUAAGACAUGCAAAUUAAUAUAUCUAUAAGUAUUUCUCUAAGGAAAAAAAAGUUAUCACUGGAAGAACCCGUUCUUUGUUAAAGAAAAAAUAUUUUGUGCUCGCAUCUGCCCCUACCUAUGUUCCAAUUAGCUGCGCCACGAUGAUCACAAUAAUAAAUUAUUGAUUUUUAUAUGUCUGAA